AUGGUUCAGAUUGCUCAGGAAGUGUAUAAAGACACUCCGCAGGACCAGAUGUCUUCAGCAAAGGCCAUUCCUUGCUCCUACAUGGAUGCUCUAGAUACAAUUCAACUGGCUGAGACUUUUUUAGGAAUUACCGAUUCGCUCACGAAGACUCGGGCCUCUCUUAUCCGUGGCUAG